AUGGCCACGGAAACCGAACAAGCACUCAGUAUACUGGAAAAUACAGCCCUACUAUUGAAGAAAACACAGCUCAAUUUAUCAAAAUGCCCCAAACAACGACUGGCUAAAGUGGGCUACUUACAAACCAGAAUUAAAACAAUUGAAGAAUACUGGAUGAUUUUCAAAGAAGCCCAUAAAAAAUUAUUGACCUGUACCACUCGUGAGGAGCGUGGAUUGCUGCCAUAUUUCGAGAAUGAGGAAUUUUUUCUACAAGAAGAUUUGUACUUGUGUAUGUUGGGAGACUUGAAAGACAUGUUGGCGGCAGUCGAGUCUGCCAAAAGUAAACAAUCGCCACCAGAAGACCUGCAAAAUAAGAAAGUUCACCUCCCGGCUAUACAUUUACCUCUGUUUUCGGGCGAGUACGAACUCUGGCCUAGUUUUAAAGAUUUAUUUUCAUCACUCGUCCACAACUGCACGACACUAAGCGACGUCGAAAAACUCCAUUACCUAAAAACCAGUGUGGCAGGUGAAGCAGCAACUUUAUUGAAGCACAUUACAGUAACAAGCGCUAACUACAUUCAAGCAUGGGGAACGCUGAACCAUCGAUAUGGGAACAAGCGUCUAAUAGUGAACGCAUUGUUGAAGCGACUUUUUGCCCAGAAGAAAUGUACCAGCCAAGCCGCAACCCAACUGAAAUCUCUACUCGACACCACCAACGAAGUAUUACAGAGUUUAGAAAAUCUGGAGGUGUCGACGGAUUCUUGGGAUCCAGUAAUUAUAUUUCUGGUUGCACAGAAGUUGGACCCAGAAUCCCAGAAAGAGUGGGAACAAAAUUCCUACUCAGAGAAUUCCCAGGACUUGUCGACUUGGAGGGAUCUGCGCAAGUUUUUGGAGGCAAAAUUCAGGACAUUGGAAUUAGUCAACCCCCCCACUACUACGAAGCUUGCCAAGGAACGAGUCCUUCACGUUACAGCCACGGAAAGACCAAAGCAAAGAAGUUGUGCUUUAUGUACAGAUGCGCACACGUUAUGCCAUUGUAACGUAUUCACCAAGAUGUCACCAAACGAACGUAGAGAACAUGUCAAAACAAACAAGCUCUGUUUCAAUUGCCUCGGAGUUGGACAUUCGGUGUUUAGGUGCCGUUUGCCAACAUCAUGCCGUAUAUGUAAGAGACGUCACCACACUCUUCUACAUCUACCUAACUACGGGGAGGCAUCGGCUUCUCAUGUUGUAGCUAAUCAACCGAUGUCAUCCAAUCAAGCAAAUGUAGAAGAAGGGGAAGUUAAAGCAAUGGUUGCGUCACACUAUCACGCAGGGCGGAAACAGACAAUUUCACUAUUAGCCACUGCAAUAGUAAUUUUAAAGAAUGAACGUGGACACACUACUGCAUUGAAGGCGCUAAUAGACUCAGGAUCUCAAGCAUGUUUUAUAAGUGAAAAGGCAACUCAGAUCCUGAAACUACACAAGACAGCAGUAGAUCUUAUCGUGUCUGGACUUGAGUCCACGAAGGUUAGAGUCAGGCAUGAAGUAAAUGUAAAUGUAUUAUCACGAUGGAACAAUUUCAUUUUACCUAUUAAAGCCUUCGUGAUGAAGAAGCCCUUGACCUCUAACAUACAUUCAGGCACAAUAAUAAGAAGAGAUUGGCCGCACCUUGCUGGCAUUCAACUGGCAGACGAAACAUUUUCCGCCUCCUGUAACAUCGAUCUGCUGUUGGGUGUCAAUGAGUAUGCAAACAUUAUGAAGAAGGGAUUGAUCAAAGGUCCACCAGGUACACCAUGCGCACAAGAUACAUACCUGGGAUGGAUCCUUAUGGGUGGAAUUGACAUCAAUGUCAGGAAGCAUGAGCAAUCCUUAACGGUCAUGAAACAAGAAGUUGAUAUAGAAGAUUUACUGAAAACAAUUUGGGAAGUUGAUGAAGAUACGAAAAGAAAUUUAACACAAAGGGAACAGUUAUGUGAAGAUAUAUACACUAAGACACAGAAGCGAGAUGAAUGUGGAAGAUAUGUUGUCAAAUUACCAUUCAACACUGAAGAACCUAAAUCAACAGAAGGAAAUACGAGAGAUAUAGCAAUGAAAAGACUAAUGCAAUUAGAAAGAAGGUUCAAUCAAAAUAAAGAAUUAAAGCACGAAUACAAGAAGGUAAUUGAAGAUUACAUAGAUCUAAAACAUAUCGAAGAAAUACCUACAGAAGAAAUAAAUAAUAAAUCAGUCUACUUACCUCACCACGCCGUGAUCCGUAAUGAUAAAGAAACCACGAAGACUCGUGUCGUAUUUGACGCUUCGUGCAAGGGCUCCAACGGUGUCUCUCUCAAUGACGAACUGUUGACGGGUCCUGUACUGCAAGACGAUCUGAGAAACCUGAUAAUGAGGUGGAGAACUCACGCCGUUUGCUUUGUUGCUGAUAUCCAGAAAAUGUACCGUAUGAUAUGGGUUGACCGAGAAGACGCAGAUUAUCAAAGAAUUUUGUGGAGAAACGACCAAUCUGAAGAAGUCAAAGACUACCGAUUGUUGACUGUUACGUUUGGAACAGCUUCUGCUCCCUAUCUCGCCGUAAGAACCCUUAUGAAGUUAGCAGAAGAUGAAGGCGACCGGUAUCCCGAAGCUGCUAAGAUUUUGCGUGAAGAUUUUUACGUAGAUGAUGCAAUGUCUGGAAGUGACAGUCUGCAACAAGCAAUAAAGAAUAGUCAAGAUCUUAGAGCGCUUCUUCAUUUGGGUGGAUUCGAACUAAAGAAAUGGUCAUCCAACAGCCGAGAAUUCUUGGAAACAGUUGAUCCUGGCGAUAGAUCGUCUAAUUCUAAUCUGGAAUUGAAGAUUGAUGGAAUAAUAAAGGCACUUGGCGUACAAUGGAAUUUAGGAAAAGACAGAUUCGAGUACAAUUUAAACUUACCUUCAAUCAGUGAAGUGAUCACGAAGCGAAGCAUUCUGUCUGACAUCCAAAAGUUGUUUGACCCACUCGGCUGGAUUGCGCCUAGCAUCGUUCUGACAAAGAUGUUAAUGCAAGAACUAUGGCUUGAAAGAAUAAACUGGGACGAUGCAUUGAAUUCUAAAAUAGCCAGCAGGUGGAUCACAUUGCGAUCUGAUCUUGAACAUGUGAAUGGAAUCUAUAUAGAAAGAUGGGUAGGUACGACGUGCGCCAACAGAGAGUCUAUAGAACUCCAUGGAUUCAGCGAUGCAUCCAUCAAAGCAUAUAGCGCUGUAGUAUAUUGCAGAGUGACUUACCCAGACGGUACGAACAAAACGACGCUUAUCGCAGCAAGAACAAGAGUGGCUCCAUUGAAAACAAUAUCCUUACCUCGUUUGGAGCUCUGCGGCGCGUUGAUACUCUCAAGAUUGCUUAAGCAAGUUGGUCAAGCAAUGAGAAUACCUGCAACUCAAAUUUAUGCUUGGACAGAUUCGUCCAUUGUCCUGUCGUGGUUAUUUGGAGAUCCAAACAACUGGAAGGUGUUUGUAGCAAACAGAGUUGUUGAGGUUACAACAAAUGUAUCCUGCAGUCAGUGGCAUCACGUCCAAACUCAAGAUAAUCCAGCUGAUGUUGGUUCCAGGGGGAUGUUAGUAGAAAAUCUGAAAAAGUGUGAAUUAUGGUGGCAUGGGCCAGACUGGUUACAACAAUCGAAGAUACAGUUCACUAAACCAAACAUUAUGCAAACAGAAAUUGAAAGGAAAAAUAAUAAAAUACAAAAUUUAAAAAUAACUUACAACAGAAAUGAACAAGAGAAGAGACUACUUACACAAUUUGAAGAAUUUGAUACACUAUUAGAGCUACUUAGAACAAUCACAUACUGCCGAAGAUUCCUGAAACAAAAAACAUUAAAGGACAGAAUAGAUAGCAAAAUCACAACUGAAGAACUACACGUAUCGAUGCAGACCUGUAUAAAAAGAGCACAAGAAGAUGAAUUUACAGAAGAUAUAAAAUCGUUAAAAACAAAAAAGAGAGUUAAGAAAACAAGCAAACUAAAAGCACUAGAUCCUUACCUAGACGAAGAUGGAAUCCUGAAGGUGGGCGGUCGGCUCAGGAACUCUGAACUGGCUAAUGAAGUGAAGCAUCCAAUCAUUUUGGGUCAUGCAAGUAGACUUACCUAUUUAGUGGUCGCAGAAGCACAUUUGAAGACGCUGCAUGGAGGAGUGCAAUUGAUGCUCACUUACCUGCGAUCGAAAUACUGGAUACUCCGCGCGAAGUCCCUAGUAAAGCAGUGUAUCCAUCGAUGCUUGAUAUGUGCUAAACAAGGGGCUAGGGUAAAAACACAAUUGAUGGGAGACUUACCAAGUUUUCGGGUAAAACCAGCUCGGCCAUUCCUUAACUCCGGUGUCGACUUUGCGGGACCAAUUCAAAUUUUACUAAAAAAGGGCAGAGGAGCUCAAACUGGCAAGGCGUACAUAGCUAUUUUUGUAUGUAUGUCUACGAAGGCGAUCCACUUAGAGUUAGUUGGUGAUCUGACUUCAGCUGCAUUCAUUGGUGCCUUUAAACGAUUUUGCGCACGAAGAGGCAGAUGCACAAACUUGUGGAGUGAUCAGGGAAGAAAUUUUGUUGGUGCUAACAAGGAGCUGGUUGAAGCCUGGAGGGAAGCUCGCCUACAAUUUGAUGGAGAAAUUAGUGAAUUACUUGCUAAUGAUGGAACACAAUGGCACUUCAUCCCGGCCUACUCCCCAAAUUUUGGAAAUUUAUGGGAGACUGGUGUGAAGUCUAUUAAGCACCAUCUACGAAGAAUCCUUAACACUAACCUUACCUAUGAAGAGCUUACAACGGUUCUCUGUGGAAUUGAAGCGUGCUUGAACUCGAGACCGCUGUGCCCGCAGGAGGACAGCACGUUAGAACCACUAACUCCGGGUCAUUUUUUGAUAACUGAAGCCCCUGUAACCGUGCCUGAUGUGAACCUGAAAGACGCUAAAAUAAGCAACCUGACACGUUGGCAAUACACGCAAAAACUGCUGAAUGACUUCUGGUCAAGAUGGCAAAAAGAAUACUUGACGCGGCUGCAACAAAGACCGAAAUGGUUAAAACGCGAAGAAGAAUUUAAGAUAGGAGACAUUGUCCUCAUAAAACAGGACAAUUUGCCACCAGGAAAGUGGCUUAUGGGACGAAUAACCGACAAGCAUCCUGGCCCUGACGGUCUUACCAGAGUCUAUAGUGUAAAGAGUGGCGAUAAUAUAACAAAGCGAUGCGUAACCAAACUAUGUGCGUUGCCCAUCGAAAUAGAUUAG